AUGAAUUGUAGCGAUGUUCCUCCAACAGAGGCCCAAAAAUCCUUAUCCCUCAUCAAAUCCUUAAGAUCAACCAUCGUCCAACAUGAGAUCGAGAUCGACAGUCUAAAAUCCUUGAACUCCGCCUUAAAAUCUCGUAUCUCGAAACUCCACGCUGAUGCCGCUGACCACAUUGGAGGUGGUCACGAAGCCGAAAUACUGCGCGGCGAAUGUUCGAGACUGAGACGAGAAAAAGAAGAGAAAAGUAACAAAAAUGAAAUUCUCCUGGAAGAGGUCUCGAGGCUAAGGAAUGAAAACAAGAAUUUGAAGAACGAAAAUUAUAGCCUUCAGGAUGAGAACUCGAAUGUGAAGAGUGAGAAUGCUAAUCUUAGUCUUCAGUUAACCAAACAAAAAUCGACCUCUCAAACUGAUAAUUUGGAACUGAAAAGUGAACUAUCGGCAUUGCUGAACGAGAAUUCCAGGAUGUCCAAUAAGAUUUACGCAUUUCAAGAAGAGGUGUCGAAGUUGAAUAGAGAAUGUGAAGAAGUUCGAGAGGAAAGGGAUAAAUUGUUGACGCUAACCAAAGCUCGGGAACUGGUGGAUAUAUUCGCUUCGAUGGGAAUAAAUAACAACGGUGCUAAUGAAGAAGCGUUUCAUAACUGUGGAAACUGUGCGAAUUAUGAUCUGUGUAGUUCAUGCCUUGGCACACCUCAUGACUCUACUCACAUAUUCCUCAAAAUUCGAAGUCCGGUAAUCAUUAGUUCGUACGCCCCCUUGUUACCUCAAUUUUUAACAUUACCUACUAGAACACACACGGGAAUUACAUGUGAUGAGUGCGGAGAGAUGCCCAUACGAGGUGUCAGAUUCAAGUGUGUUCAGUGUUCGGAUUUUGAUGCCUGCGAAAAUGCGAAACAAUUUUCGGCACCUGAUGAUUCAACAGUCCAUACUUUCAAGUCAUUUGUAAAACAUGUACUUUAUCUAACAUAUAAACACUCGAUUGAACCCCUAUUUAUUACUCCCACCUUCAAUCUUCGAAAU